AUGGAAUGGCAUGCAGUAGGGUUAUGGACAUGGGAUGCUCAAGAUGAGACGUGCGGUAUAUGCCGGAUGGCCUUUGACGGCUGCUGUACUGAUUGUAAACUUCCUGGGGAUGAUUGCCCCCUUAUUUGGGGAGCUUGCAACCAUGCCUUUCAUCUUCACUGUAUUUUGAAAUGGGUGAAUUCCCAGACGAGCCAAGCUCACUGCCCCAUGUGCCGUAGAGAAUGGCAAUUCAAAGGGUAAGGAAAAAGGGUUUUGCUGUUUCGGCUCCAUGCUUCAAUCUAUCUCCGAGCUGUAUGGAUCCCCGAGUCACGUAACAGAAGUAUUAUGAAUCUUUCAACUCUCGGGUACGUUAAAAAUUUACGCAACAAUUUCAUGCCCAUUGUUCUAAUCGUCCCGUUCGACCUAUUCUUCUGGUCUGCAUGUAAAGCCGAGCUCUUUCUAGUAGGUACUCUCAUAUAUUUUGAUGGCAUGCUAGUUCUUCCAAACCAAAGAGGUUGACGACGCCCAUGGUUCAAGCUUCUCAUGUUAUUACUGAUCAGUGAUCACAGUCGGUGUUUGUUUUUGCACGUGCGUUUUAGGGUUUCGGCGGACCGGUACGGUCGAGUUUAUAUGUACGUGGAUAAGCUCUGAGAUGUUGAGAUGCGGACGUUGGAACUAACUUAAGCGAGCAAGUGGCGGCCAAUACACGUAACCAUUGAUAUGAUGUGAUAUUAUGGAUAUGUGGGUGUGAAAUCUUUUGUUAGGUGUGGUGGUGGUCCAAAUAUCCAAAUCAAGAAACAAGAAAUGUUACGCACUCCA